AUGAUUCACACGUGCAAGAAUCAUGGCGGACUCCUUACGCCUGAGAGCUCAGCAAAGAUGGAAGAUUUUGGCCUCUAUCAUUAAGAAGGAGAGUUUGGAAAAAAAUGAUCAGAAGGUGUCUGUGCGUAGAUUUUCGGGAUUCAACUUAUUUUCUAAAAAGAUCGUGCUGAUCGAGACAGAGCUGAACGAAAAUGGAACCGAUUAUGAGUGGGUGGAAUAUCGAUACGGGAAAAUUGUUGCAACCUGUAACAGCCUAGACAAUACACCAUUGUUAAUAAAACAGCGAUGUAGGAAAGUUGUCCUUGAAGAUUUAAUUGGUUUCGAUAACACCGGCAACGUUUGCUUGUGGCCGUCAGAGGAAGUGCUAGCUUCGUAUGUGCUUAAACACAGAGGUCAGUUUUGUGGGAAAACAGUUUGUGAACUCGGAGCAGGUAUGACGGCGCUAGCUGGCAUCGUUUUAGCUGUCAUGGGAAAUCCUCUCAAAGUUUUUCUUACAGACGGUAAUGACAACUGCGUGAAAAAUAUGGAAGCAAUCCUGCAGCAAAAUAAAUCAUCGUUUGGUUCAACUGUCGUCCUGUCCGAGAAAUUGUUAUGGGAUAUUAACUCAGAUUUAUCUCAUUUGGAAUCGCAAUUUGAUUUUAUAAUCAGUGCAGAUUGCUUGUUUUUCACUCAGUCUCACUAUGGCUUGCUUCAUACAAUGGCAGUUCUUCUUAAAGACAAUGGUUGUGCAGUCAUUAUGGCACCACAAAGAAAGGAUACACUUGAAACAUUUUGCAGCAAGGCCUUGUCUCAGUUUUGUGUGGAGAGGAUUGAAAACUAUGACCCAGUUGUGUGGUCACAGCACCAAGCAGCGAAAAAUGAGGACCCACUUUAUGAUGAAGACAUCCAUUACCCUGUGUUAUUGCUUCUUACUAAAAAAACCAAGAAAAUGCAAUUGCAUCACCAUAGAAGCUCCAGAUGAAUUUUUGUUAUUUUUUUUUUCUAGUGGACUGAGUAAUAAUUGGCCAGAAUCUGAACCUUUAACUGUGCUUUUCCAAGAAAUUUUGAUUAACACUGGUGCAGUAAGAUGGAAUAAAGAAUCUACAAAUGUUA